AAUUCAGUGCUUUCAUUUAUUGCCAAACCUUCCCUUUAUCUUUGCAAUAGCCUAAUAAUAAUAAAAAAGACAAUACGGUCAAGAAUAAAACGUAUGCUCGAAAGGACAGGACAAAAGAGCAAGGUACAGCGACAGUAUCGCAGAAGAUUGAAGAGACCGUGUGUAGACACCUUGUCCAUCUGUGGCUGUGUGGAGAAGCCCUGAACCCUUUAAGAUAUACAGCCAACAACCACUCUUCUCAACCGUCCCCUGCCCCUGAUCUUGCCAUAUUUUGACUUGCCAUGAUCUUGCUAUAAAAGUGUUGCUACAAAUACGGUGAGGAAGUAGAUCGGUGCCAAACCAGGCCUUAGGAGUGUCAGGGGCCAGGCACAUUGAGGGUUAUCUGUUUUAGAAAUGCCCUCACCCCCCAAUGAUGGAGAUGAUCAAGGAACUUCCCCCGUGAACAUGCCACCGGCUCUCUCCAAUCAGAAUGGAGUGAAGAGGAAGGUUCACACCAAGAAAAAGAAGAAGGGCUUUAUCACAGCCAACGUUGUAGGAACAAAAUAUGAGAUUGUUCGUAUUGUAAUUGAGGAGAUGAUCUUUCAUAAAGCCAGAGAUGAUGAUGAGAUGGCCAAUCUCAUCUGGAACGACUCCGCUGUGCAACACGAGAAAAUCGCUGAGCUCAGGAACUACCAGAGGAUAAACCAUUUCCCGGGAAUGGGUGAGAUAUGUCGGAAAGACUGUUUGGCAAGGAACAUGGCCAAAAUGAUAAAAAGUCAGCCUCAGGAAUAUAACUUCAUCCCUAAAACCUGGAUCUUCCCAGCCGAGUGCACUCAGUUCCAGAACUAUGUGAAGGAGCUGAAACGAAAGCGCAAGCAGAAAACAUUCAUCGUUAAGCCUGCAAAUGGAGCUAUGGGUCAUGGGAUAUCUCUGAUUCGGAACUAUGAAAAGCUCCCAGUCCAAGAUCACUUCAUUGUGCAGGAAUAUUUAGACAAGCCUUUCCUCAUGGAGGGAUACAAGUUUGACCUGAGAUUCUACAUCCUCGUCACUUCCUGUGAUCCACUGCGUGUCUUCCUCUACAACGAUGGCCUGGUGCGAAUGGGCACAGAGAAGUACAAUGCACCCAGCGAGUCAAACCUGAACCAGCUGUACAUGCACUUGACCAACUACUCUGUCAACAAACACAACGAGAACUUCGAGCGAGACGAAACAGUAGACAAAGGCAGCAAAAGAUCCAUUGGUUGGUUCACAGAGUUCCUCCGAACAAAUGAUUACGACGUGGCCAAAUUCUGGGGCGACGUAUCAGAGCUGGUGGUGAAGACCCUGAUAGUGGCCGAGCCGCAUGCCCUCCAUGCUUAUCGUAUGUGCCGUCCGGGACAGCCACCAGGGAGUGCCAGUGUCUGCUUUGAGGUGCUUGGAUUUGACAUCAUCCUGGACCGCAAACUCAAGCCCUGGCUGCUAGAGAUCAAUCGUGCUCCGAGUUUUGGGACGGAUCAAAAGAUUGAUUAUGAUGUGAAAAAGGGGGUUUUGCUCGACACCCUAAAACUGCUCAACAUCAGAGCGAGUGAUAAACGGCGAAAUCUGGCCCAACAGAAGGCGGAAGCCCAACGGCGACUGUACGGACAGGGAUCCAUGCGGAAACUGACGGCUGGAUCAACGGAAUGGGAGAAACAGCGUCACCUUUUAGAGCGCAGGAGAGAGGAACUUAAAGAAAGACUGGCCCAAGUUCGCAAGCAGGUCUCCAGGGAUGAGCACGAAAAGCGACACCUGGGGAACUACAGACGUAUUUACCCCCCAGAUGACAAGCUGCUCUUGGAGAAAUAUGAGAGUCUCCUUUCAGCAGCCUUUCAGACAUUCCUCACUGGGCGAGCAGCUUCACUUCAAAAGGAAAUGAAUAAUCCGCUGAAACGAAUGAAGGAGGAAGAUAUCUUAGAUCUGCUGGAGCAGUGUGAACUGGAUGAUGAGAAACUGAUGGGGAAAACCUCCAAACAGAAAGGACCUAAGGUCUUGUCCUCCAUGCCUGAGAGCAGCCCGUCGCCCAGGGGGCACAGAGACCCCCAGUACUCUUCGGGAAGCUGCAGCGACAGCAGCUCAGGCUCUGAUGCUGAUGGAGAGGAUGAAAGUAGCAGCAUCACACAGGAGAAACUCAAUCGCCCUGAACGCUCCAGCCGUGUUCAUUGGAAACCCUCCCCUAAACCGCUCAGAGCUCCUUCCUCCUCCCCCAAUCUUUCUGGACUCAUUCGCCGUUCCAUGUCCUGUCCACGCUCCAUAUCCUCUCUGACUGCGCAAUCACCUACCAACGAGACCAGACGGCCAAAAACAGCCACUCACAUGGCUAAUGUCCCGACUGCAGCCAUCCAAACAGUGGCAACCAUGACGCCCAUGACUCUAGUGCGACCGCACACGGCAUCUCGCUCCCAAUCGCUCAGUCGCAACAGCUCUGCAAACAGAGUUCCACACAGCUGCAGUCUGGGUGCCAUUCACCCCAGUUCGAGCAGUCAGCUGCCAUAUGAACACACUGCUGCGAUGUCUUCCAGCAAGACUGUGAGAGGCCGAAACGAACCUGAUGACUGCAGAGAAAAGACACCGUUCUCUCAUUCAUCUUAUUGUGUGGGUUCUUUGCAUGUGCGUGUGCAGGGGGAGACUCAGCUGAGUAAAGAGCAGGAAGCCGAGCUGAUGCAGCAGACGCUGACUGCACUCGGGGAGAUGCGGAUUCGUUACCCGGGGAAGAGCGAAGAGGAGGCCGAGGCUGUGCUGGACGAGAUUCUGAACAACUGGAAAUACCAUAAACCAAAAGUGGCGUCUUACUGGCUGGUGAAGUUAGAUGCUACCAAACAGCGGAAGGUUUUGGACAUUGUUCAUACCAACAUCCGCUUGGUGCUGCAGAGGAUCUGGAGCGAGCCUGAUAUGGAGAGUCUACGUCUCUAUCGCCUUUUCAAUCGUGUGUUUAACCGUCUACUCUGGAGCCAUGGUCAGGGGCUCUGGAACUGCCUGUCCAGCUCUGGCAGGUCGUCGUGGGAGAGCAUCUUCAAUAAGAGUAGUGAGGUGUUGUCUGUGCAGGAGCUGAGAUGCUGUCAGCAUGUCGUACAGCUCUGUAGAGACUGUCUACUCGUGGUCUACAAAUUUGUAGCUGACUCCCGUGGUUCGCUCAGUGGACUCAGCCCAGACUGGGAUGACACAAGGUAUCUGCUGCCAGUCACCUCCCAGUUCAUCAUUAAGUGGCCAUCAGCGAGCUUUGGCCGCUCUGCGUCCUCAUCGCGCCCCCGCAGUGUAUUUACAGCACGAAUGGGCCACUUCUGAUGGCUGCUGGACUUCAAUACCAAAUCCAGUGUGGGAAAGGCAUCACACCUGGGACCUCCACAAACUCCAGCAGCACAUUGAAAUGGGUUUGCCUGCAUGUAUUGUUCAUGCAUCAGAUGCAGAUGAUCGUGCAGUCCCUGCAUCCUAUUUGCUGUAAAAUAUUUGCUGCACUGCUGUCUACUUUAGGAUGCUCUUUAAAGAUGAACAUAUUGCAUUUAUUUUCAAGACUGUAAAAUGAUUCCAUGAAUAACAGUGAAUUUUUCAGUCUCAUUGAGUAAACAGAUCAUGUUCAAAUUUGAGGUUUGUUUUUUUUGUCCAUGUUUUCCUAUUAUUUUGAUUUAUGCACAACAUGAUGUCACUUUCUUAACAUACACUGUAUAUUUGAGUUCAACGUUACAAGUGAAAGGGGGUGUUCAGACAGGAUGCGUUCUUGCGUCCAAAAACAACUCGAUUAUUUUACUUGACACGACAUAGUCUCUGCUGUCAUAUAAACCUAGAAUGAUUUAAGUUUCACUAACCUUACAAAUGAGCAUUUUAACAUGCUUUUCGAAAAGCACACAUAAACAGUUAUGGUUCUUUUAUCAUUUUUAGUAUAAACAGUUUAACUUGUGGCUCAGUGGGCCAGUGAGUAUUCAGAGCCGAUUCAGUCCAUGAUUCGGACCAUUGACGUAAUUGUGUUCAAUUCAGUCUGAUAUUAUAUAUAUAUAUAUAUAUUUCUUUUUUUUUCUGUGGCAGUGCUCCUGAAUACCAGUGCAGAAAACACUGGUAUACAUAGACCUAGAAUGAAAAAACAGUGCAAAUGGAAUGCAAGAACGCACCCUGUGUGAACGCCCUUUAAGAAGGAUUUAGAAAGGGUCAGGGUUAGUUUUAGGGAGUUAAUAAGUUAGGUUAGUGUUUAGGUUUGGUUAGGAUUAGGUGUUUAUGAGAGUUAGGAAUUAGAAACGCUUAACUGUUUGGUGUAAAUGCUCAACGUUAUACAAGACUAUAGUUGCCUGCUCUGAACCUAAAGCUAGGAUCACCUAUCAACUUAAGGGACAUAAGUCUCCUUUAUAUAACGUUAUGAGCCAUAUUGUGUAGAUGCAAAUAUUAACCUCAGUGUCUGAGCUGUCUUAUGUUUGUUUUUGCAGUAAAUAUGAGUAAGACCUUCAGUAUUGCUGCUGGUAGAGUACGUUUGCUAACAAACGUCCUUAAGAAAAAUAUGCGAAAACUCGGAUGGUGGCAUCUUAAAGAUACUUGAAUUAAUUUAUGUUAUUUAUUUUAUCAAACAAUUUCUGUAUUUACAUUUAUAUCUUAUUUAAAAUAUGAAUUAUGUUUAACCAUUGCAUUACCAAUGUAUCAGUGAUUUUACGAUUCCAUUCAUAAACUUUAUGAAAGUACUGUAAUAAUUGCUAAUUGCAGAGCUUUGCUUUGGAUCUAAUUAGAAUACAUUUUCAUACCACGCUGUGCCAACACUACUCACAACCAGCAGUAUGUGAUAAUUCAAUGGACUGUUUAGGAGCUGUGACUGUCUGCAAUACAGUAUUUAUCAUUUAAUACAUUCAUGAUAUUUCCAGGACAGAAUGUGUCUUUUAAAACAGUGGUUCUCAUCUGGCUUCAAUCAAACACUGAGGAAUUUAUUGUAAAUUUUACAAAGGUGUUUUUUUUAAAUGACCAUCAUUUAACUUCCUAAUUUUUUGUUUGUAAAUUUCUCUAGAAUUUCAGUGAAUUUAAACUGUCUUUAAAGCCAGUAAUUCACUGUUUAAAACAAAUUGUGGUUGUCACAAACCGUGUUUAUUUUCAUGUCAAACUGUUUUUAAUGUAGUCUGGUUCACUUUUUUUUUUAACUUUAUAUAUUUUUGUUCAUUUAUGUUUUUUGGAGGAUGUCGUGUCUCGUUAUAUUUUCAUGUGGAUGUCUGGUAACCUGGCUCGCUUCUUCCAGAUGAAUUUGCCGCAAAAUACAGUAAAGCUUUAUGUAUUUACGUUUUUAAGCCUAUUUAUUUUGCUAAGCUAAAUAUGAAUGAUUAUACUGUAUGUUUAGUUGCAUUUUCAUAAUGUCCAUUUACCAUUGACCACUGAUCACCAGUUGAGAACCACUGCCUAACCUAACCUCUGCUUUUUUUAUUUUAUUUGUUUAAUAAAAGACUUACAGUGACAGUGUUUUGACAGCCAACAAAACCUUCUGAAAAUUGUGAUUUCCUAACAUUUAUUCAACAGGCCAUUUCAUCCACCUUUCCAUCAUGCCACAAUGCCAAAUAUAAUUUUUGCCUGAAUUUUCAUUCAGGAUAAUGGUUCUUAUUAGCAAUAAAAGGCUGAAAAAACAAAUA